UUCCUAGAGGGACACCGGAAGAGGCUUUGGUCCUCCGAGGGGGAGAGGAGAGUCUGCACUCGCUUGGGCAGCUUCUCUCUUCUCUUCUGGGAUCUCAGCUUGUUCAUUCAUGCUGCCAUCCUUAGAAUCAUAGAAUCCUGGAGUUGGAAGAGACCUCACCGGCCAUCCAGUACAACCCCCUGCAAGAAGCAUGAAAAUCUAAUUCAAAGCAUCAUCUAUUGCCUGGCUUUGUAGGCCCUACCAGUUCUGUAAAUUCUUCACCUUCAAAUAUCAUCUGACAGGAGAGGAGAGAAUAUCCAUUUUGAAGGCAGCCUAGAAGCACAGAACCAAGAUGGAAGGGCAAGAGCCAGCUGCCGCCCAGUUAGAAGUAUUUCCUUCUGCUGUUGAGGCAGAGAACAACAGAGCAUUCUGGGAGGACCCUUGGAGGAAAGACCAGGAGAGCAAUCUCCUCCACUCAGACCUUCAAUGGCAACGCUUCCGGCAUUUCCACUAUGAGGAGGCCUUGGGGCCCCGGGAGGUCUGCAGCCGCCUCCACUCUCUCUGCCGCCUGUGGCUGAAGCCAGAGCGACACUCCAAGGCAGAGAUGCUGGACCUGGUGCUCCUGGAGCAGUUCCUGGCCGUCCUUCCUGUGGAGAUGGAGCGCUGGGUGAGGGAAUGUGGGGCAGAGACCAGUUCCCAGGCCGUGGCUUUGGCUGAAGGAUUUCUCCUGAGUCAGGAAGAGGAGAGGAAGCGGGAGAAGCCCCAGGUGCAGAACUCUUUUGCAGUUGAGACCAACCAGAUGAAGGAAUCUCUUUCAGACACCAUUUGCCUUGUCCAGAUUGAAGAUAGAAAAUUGAUCACAGUUGGAGAUGAAACAUGGCCAAGUGAUAGUAGCACAACUUUUCAUGAUUCUUUCCGAAGGAGACAUUCUGUGGGACCAGAUCAGGUGACUUUUGAAGAUGUGUCUGUGGCUUUCUCAGAGGAGGAGUGGGCCCUCUUGGAUCCAAGCCAAAAAGCCUUGCACCAGGAAGUCAUGGAGGAGAAUUUAGAAAUUGUGUCAUCUCUGGGUAAAGCUCCAUUAUAAUUAUA